AUUGUUGGUUCAAGAUUAUAUGCUUUCGUCGGAUUGACGCCCUUACGCCGAGCUUGCCUACUUCCUCCUUUUCCUACCCUCGCCCGCUCGCCAGCCUCCAGAAGGGCUCAAUUCGUCUACGAACGCAAGUCUCGUGAUCUCAUCUCCGGUGCCAGCACGUUUCGUGUGAUGGCCGACUACUUAAAUCGUGUGGUCGUAGACACUUUGCUUGCUUUUCAGUAUCCGAUGGUGCGAAAGCUGAUUGAGAAGAGUUGGUACUUCAAGCCGCUUUCGCGUUGCCUCCUCCUCUUUUCCGACAAAUCGCUUCACCUCAUCCUCCAUGAUCCCGUCGCAGGCCUUCCGUCUCAUCAGAUCUUCGCCUACCACGAUUUGGGCUGCUACUACCUGUUCGGAGCAGGACAACAGCGCUAUCUGGUCCUCUGCAUCGUUGACCAGGGUGAAGGUGCAUUUGGCUUCCUCGAAUUCUUCCGCCUCCAGAACCACACGACGGCGAUUCAAUUGAGGCAACUGUUUGCCCGUUUCGGCCUCAUCAAUGGUCAGCGCAUGGCAGAGAGGGGAGACGAUCCUGACUUUCUCGAUGACCAUUAUCGUAAGUUGCGGUUGUGGUACAGGACCAACCGAACUCAUAUUUUCUUGUGCCCUAAUGCUGGUCUGUCUCUUUAG